UUUCUUAUCUAUAGUGUUACUAAAACUCUAUAGUCUAUUUCUAUUUAGGAUAUUGUCUAUGGGCAUUGAGUAGCGAAUGUGUGCGCUGCCAUUUUCUAUUGAAUUGAAAUAUUGAGGAAAAGCUAUUUUGAAAAAAGGUGUGUGCGCACCUACAAACUGCUGCAGGUUAUGCGAGGGGACUCUGAUAAGUAUGUCCUCGUAUCGCGGUGCGGGAGGCGCGGGCGGCGCGUGGGAUGGCGGGCCGCCGGGUGCUGAGGCAGACUACACAGGCGCGCCGCGCUACCCGCCCGCCGCCCCGCCACGAGCCAUGCCUACCACGGACCCCUGGACCGGAGUAAGCUACAGCCAGUACGGCGCGCCUCCCUACGACUACCAGGCGUAUGCGCCUGGCUACAGCUACAAUUACGACUCAAGCUAUUAUCAGCGUGCUGACGGCACCUAUUAUGGAAAGUACCCUGAAUCUAGGACAUACCCGCAUCAACAACCACAGCAGCAGCAACAGCACAGUGCCUAUGAUUACCCUGCUCGACAACGCGAAAGAAGUCGUUCGCCUAAUGCUUCCCAUAGAUAUGAACGCAGAAGAUCUUAUCGUACUAACUCUAGAAGUGUUUCUCCUUAUGAGAGGAGAGAGAGAGACUAUUCAAAGAAACGGGACAGCAGCUAUGAAGAUAGCCAUCGUCGUAGGUCCAGGAGCAAAUCGACAAAACGCAAGAAGUAUUCUUCUAGUGAACGUUCAAGCUCCCGCUCCUACUCUCGUUCACCUAAGAAGAGAGAAAAGAAAAGGAAAUCAGUUUCGUCCAAAUCUUCUGGUUCUGACAGAUCUUAUAGGAAAAAAUCUGUCAAAGCUCAUGGACGUGACAAAUCAUUGUCGAGAAACAGGAGCUCUUCAAGCUCUCGAAAUGGAUCAGAAGUACAAAGAACACCAAGUCAUGAUAGAUUAAGCAGGUCAUCGCCAGAAGGUGAAAAGAAAAAUAAGGAAUCUAAAUCUCAUUCCAAAAAAGCUAGAAAGGUUUCAACACCACCUCGAAAAUUAAAGAAAGAUUCCAAAGUGUCUCAUAAAAAGUCCAAAAGGUCCUCACUUACACCAUCACCACCCCCAAAAACUAAUAAGAAAUACAAAGAAAGAUCUCCUUCUCCAGCCCAAAAGGGAAGAGACAGUUCUUUGACUCCACCCAAAACUUAUAGCAGAAGAAUGUUAUCAAGUUCAAAAUCGCGAUCUAGAUCGGCGUCGCGGACGCCUUCUCACUCCCCGCGACGAUCGAAACGUAAACGGUCACGUUCUAGAAGCUCACGCCUUUCUAGAUCUCGCUCGUUCAGUAGGUCAAGGUCAUCGACCCCUCAGCGGCGGUCACCAUCGAAAUCAAGAAGGAAGACAAAAAGAAAGUCGCGAUCGAAAAGUCGUUCUAAACGACGCUCAGAGAGCAAAAGAAGAUCGAGUUCGCAACGCCGAUCAAAGUCAAGAGGGAAAGGAAAUCGUUCAGUUAGCCCAAGAGGUUCCAAAUCUCGUUCUAGAUCUAAGAGUUCACGUAGUCGCUCUGGGACGCCUACAGAUGACGAGCGCCGCGGUCAGUUUACAGUGGCAGAUAGAAAGCGUUUCUGGAAAAUGCAUAGAAAUAGACAAGAAGAGAAGGAUAAAGUGAAAGAAGCUAAAACUCCACCCAAAGAAGUGAAACCUCCCCCUGGUGCUGUAGAAUCAACGACUGUUGAUGAUAUUGAAUAUGGUGACCCUCCUGAGGUUGAAGGACCUAAUUUUGCAGAACUAUUGAUCCCUGAUCAAGUCAUGCAAGCUUCAACCUCAAAAUCCAAGCCAGUUCCAAUUCCUAUAAAGAAUGAUGGAAGUUUCUUGGAAAUGUUCAAAAAGAUGCAGGAGGUGACCAAAAAGGCUGAACCAGAAAAAAAGCCUGAAAUAAAAAAGCCGGUAUUGCCUUUUAUUGGGAAGCGUCGAGGUGGGAGGGUCCUAAAGACUGGUUUAGUGAAAAAGGCUAAAGCUAUAGAUGAACAAACUACAGACAAUGCCCCUAAGGAUGCAUGGUCUCUGUACAUGCAGGAAGUGAAGAAAUAUAGAGAGACUUCAUGUGAAGAAGAGAGGAAAACAAGACCUCUCGUCAAAUAAACUUACUAAUUUUAGAUUAGAAUUAAGGUUUUUAUUGUGACCUCUGCAAUGUAUUUUACAAUAUAUUAACAAUUUUUAUUUUACUCUAUAACAGUGUUUAUUGUAUUAGUAUGUCUAGAUACCAUUUAAUCUUACUUUUAUUAUAAAAAAUAUUCCAAAUAAAGAAUUAUUUCAAUGAC